CGGGUAAUCUCUCCAAGUCGGAAAGGAAGAAGCUCAUUGGUGUAGGUUGCUGCGCAGGGGCAGAUGAUCUUCCCGGCAGCUAGACGAGCAGGUAGAGCAGUCUGCCACUGACAGCACAUUUUAAUUAACAAAAGAUCUCUGGCCAUAACUCGCAGGCGAGUACAAAUCCAACUCAGUGAAGCCCACAGGCGUUAUCGUUAUUCAAAGAAACUUAUUUUUAGGACGCUGUACACAUCAGAAAGACUGCAGCCAUGUCAACAAACAUACACAUUAACAGCCCUAAUGUGCGGUACACAGACAGACACAUUGAGGCUCAGUAUUCCUACCAAACCACGUCAGUGCACAGAGAAGGGAAAAACAUCACGGUGUCUCCCUCCACCACGGAGCUGAUGUUUCGCACAGAAUGCCAUGUGCCCCGGCUUGGUGUGAUGCUGGUGGGCUGGGGGGGCAACAAUGGGACCACGGUGACAGCAGCUGUACUGGCCAACAGACUCGGCCUCAGCUGGAGGACCAAAACUGGAGAGAAGAGAGCGAACUAUUUUGGCUCCCUCCUGCAGGCGUCUACUGUUUGUCUGGGAUCAGGGCCGGAGGGGGAGGUCAACGUGCCUUUCUGCGAUCUCCUACCCAUGGUGCACCCUAAUGAUAUUAUCUUUGACGGCUGGGAUAUCUCGUCCAUGGAUCUUGGCCGUGCAAUGGAGCGGGCCCAAGUGUUUGACUGGUCAUUACAAGAAAAGCUGCGACCUCACAUGAGCUGCCUGAAACCCAGACCCUCCAUCUAUAUCCCAGAAUUCAUUGCUGCUAACCAACAGAAUCGAGCUGACAACGUCCUAACAGGGACCAUGUCAGAGCAGGUGGAACAGAUCAGAGCUGACAUAAGGGACUUCCGUCAGUCAAGUGGUGUGGACAAAGUCAUCGUUCUGUGGACGGCCAACACCGAGCGCUUCUGUGAUAUCAUACCAGGCGUCAAUGACACCGCCCAGAACCUGCUAGCUGCCAUCCAGUCUGGUGCAGAGGUUUCUCCCUCCACUCUGUUUGCGGUGGCCAGCAUACAGGAGGGCUGCGCCUAUAUCAACGGCUCGCCCCAGAACACCUUUGUCCCGGGAGCUGUGGAGCUAGCUGUACAGAGAGGGGUGUUCAUCGGAGGAGAUGACUUCAAGUCCGGUCAGACCAAGAUCAAGUCAGUGCUGGUGGACUUUCUGGUCAGCGCAGGUAUCAAGCCUACCUCCAUUGUAAGUUACAAUCACCUCGGCAAUAAUGAUGGGAAGAACCUGUCAGCGCCGCAGCAGUUUCGCUCCAAGGAGAUCUCCAAAAGCAACGUGGUGGAUGACAUGGUCCAAUCCAACCCCAUACUGUACCAGCCUGGAGAGAAACCUGACCACUGUGUGGUAAUUAAGUAUGUCCCUUAUGUGGGAGACAGCAAGCGUGCCAUGGACGAAUACACCUCUGAAAUAAUGAUGGGAGGCACCAACACUAUUGCACUGCACAACACCUGUGAGGACUCUCUACUAGCCAGCCCCAUCAUUCUGGACCUGGUGAUCCUGACGGAGCUGUGUCAGCGUGUGACCGUGCGUCCACAGGGGGAGGAAGACUACCAGUCCUUCCACAGUGUUUUAGCACUGCUCUCCUUCCUCUGCAAGGCCCCCCUGGUCCCACCGGGAGCCCCACUCAUCAAUGCCUUUUUCCGGCAGAGAGCAUGCAUAGAGAACAUCAUGAGAGCCUGCCUGGGCCUCCCCCCUCAGAAUCACAUGCACCUGGAGCACAAGCUGCAGAGGGGCUUCCUGCCUCCACUCAGCAAGCACAUCAGUGGCGACAUGGCUGCCAGGAACAAAGCCGCCCUUACCAACGGGAACCAUAUUCCUCUAACAAAUGGAAUCCAUCAGUGAGGCAACAGUCGGACACUGAUCUCAAAUGUCAACACUGUAGCUCCAGCUGGAAUUAAAACCUGUAUUUCUUGGUUGUACCUGCCUUGUGUUAAAGUAGUAAAUCCUGGAUGUGUUACAUUUUUAAUAGGCCAACAAUGUUUCUGAGUUCAUCUUGGUGGAGUGUUUAGGCUAUUGUAAGAAAAAUGGAGAAACAUAGAUAGCCUGUUGUUACCUUAAGUAUAAUAUUCUGUGCAUUUAGUAACUUAUAGACUAAAAUAAAAGUUUAACUUGA